AUUUAUCUAGACCUGGAAUAAUUGACCCUGAUAAGUUAAAAAAAAAACCUAGAAAAAAGCUCAGCCAUUGUACUGCAUGCAUUCAACUGCAUGUAAUCACAAAAUAUGGUCGGACAGGGUGAUAGUAUUAAAAAGUAAUAUGCAAGCGAAAAGCAACAAGUUGGCAGAAGAAGCAUCCACAGAAGAUAGGACUUCAGGUGAACAUAGAGAAAACAGAGGUGAUAAAGAUUCCUGGGCAACACCACCACCACCAACAACAACAACAACAGAAAACAAUCAGAAUAAAUGGGAGGAACCCGAAAGAAACAACCUCUUUUACCUACCUGGGAAGCAUCAUCUCAAUUACAGGCCAGCGGAACUAACGAGGAUAUCAAAGCAAGAAUCGGGAAAGCAAGACAAGCUUUUACUACUCUCAAGUCUGUGUGGAGGUCAACAACACUCAGCAUGAAAAAUUAGAUCCGGAUUUUCAACUCCAAUG